UUUUAAUAAAAGGAUAAAAAAAAUUAAAAAAAAAAAGUAACCGCAUUUUCAUAUGAAGAAUCCCACGCGCCUUCUCCUUGAACAUUUUGAAUGAAUUUAUCCUUCACCCUUCUCCCUCACAAAUCACCAACCAUUUUUCUUUGGCCUUCUCCAUCCCUCGAAUCUAGUGCUGGUGGAGUUGCAGUUUCAGCCUUCAGCAAAAGAAAUGCCAGAAAUUCAGUUGGGUUCACACACUAUCAGAUCACAUGGAGCUAGAGUCGCAAGGACACAUAUGCAUGACUGGCUGAUUCUUUUGCUUCUUGUGGCCAUUGAUGCCGUCCUAAAUGUAAUAGAGCCAUAUCAUCGUUUUGUUGGAGAAGGGAUGAUGUCAGAACUUAGAUACCCAAUGAAAGCAAAUCUUAUUCCAUUUUGGGCUGUUCCGUUAAUAGCAAUAUUGUUGCCACUUGUUGUCAUUCUCACUUACUAUUUCAUCCGAAAUGAUGUUUAUGACUUUCAUCACGCUAUAUUGGGCCUUUUAUUUUCAGUAGUCAUUACUGCGGUGAUAACGGAUGGUAUCCAAGAUAGUGUUGGACGGCCGCGGCCAAAUUUCUUCUGGCGUUGUUUUCCUGAUGGAAAAGGGGUGUAUGAUCCAGUAACAGGUGAUGUUAGGUGCACUGGAGAUAAGGGUGCUAUUAAGGAAGGGCACAAAAGUUUCCCGAGUGCACAUACCUCUUGGUCCUUUGCUGGUCUUGUUUAUCUAGCUUGGUAUCUUUCUGGAAAAUUAAGGGCAUUUGACCGAAGGGGCCACAUUUCAAAGCUCUGUCUUGUUCUCUCACCAAUCCUCCUGGCAGCUCUGGUUGCUGUGUCUCGUGUUGAUGAUUAUUGGCAUCAUUGGCAAGAUGUGUUUGCUGGAGCUGUUCUAGGGACGACAAUUGCUUCCUUUUGUUACUUACAAUUCUUUCCACUUCCAUAUGACAUAGAUGGUUGGGGACCUCAUGCAUAUUUCCACAUGUUAGCUGAAUCUCGUAAUAGUGCUCGGGCUCCUUCCAUCAACAAUGACAAUCAUUACGCGCAAUCGGCAGAGCUUCAGACAGUAGCUCUGUAUAUCCCACCUGAACAUGGAGGAGAUACACGAGGAAAUAGCUGGGAUUCAAGCCCCAGGUUGCAGGGUGGACUACAAAAUGCAAGGACACAACACUAAAGACAUGAUGAUGGGAGGAAAGAUCACCUUAAUGUCCACAUUCUGUAAAAACUAUAGGGCUUCUUGAGUUUCAGUUGCAGAGAAUCGACACUUUAGCAUCCUCGGUCGGCUGUUAAAGAAUGCGAAUGUCAAUUGCUUUGCUUCUGAGAUGGUUGUUGGAUUGGAAUAUCUUGUUAGUCCUCCUCUUUUGGCCACCUUAUUUGCUAGUUGUAUUGUAGGAGCAAUGUUUUCAAGUGUCUUUGGAUUCGCUGUGGACACACAAUUCAAAACACGUACCUUAGUUACACUUUGUAACUUCUUCCUAGAUGUGACUAUAUAGGGCUCCCAAACCCAAAAUGCAAAUGUAAUGAGGACUAUGAUGUUUAUAAUUUGCAGAAGACUGUUAGUCUGUUACAGUCUUUCACUUUCUUUUUCAUUUUUUCUGAAGUUGUCUCAUUCUAUAAGAUCAUAUAUACUAGUAUUA